UCCUGUGUUUCGGACUUGUCUUCCAAAGCUGGACUGGAAGAAACAGAGUGCAAUCCACGCACGUAGUUGUCCAGUUGGUGUCAACUUCAAGAGCGAAGAAAAUCCAUAGAAUUGACGAUCCUUGCAAAGCCUUUAUCCACAUCUGUCGCCGGCGAUCGGAUUUUAAUCCAUCGCGGCAUCGAUGAAGCUAAACGUCCCGCCCGACCAGCUCGAAGUCCGGCCGUCCAUGGAGAUUUUCCGUUUCCGAUCGGCCUGCGAAGACGACCGCCAGUGGAUGAACCGAGAGAUGCAUGCGAAGCUCGAGGAAUUGGAGAGCUUUUACGCUGCUUACGAGCAGAGCAGAGCGAGGAGAAGCGGAAGCCAAGCGGACGAUUUUGGCGAUUCGGUGGAGUUCGACGGGGACCUGCUGCUCAAGAUGGUGGACGAAUUGGAGCGCAACAUGAGGCUGAGCCGGUCCGAGGUUGCCAAAGGAAGGGCUUACGAGGAAUACGCGGCGAGACGUGGCGCGAAGCUGAGGGAGGAGGAGGUGGGAUGGAAGGGGAAGCAGAGGAGGAGGGAGAUGGAGACGAUGGAGAACAGAUUCGAGAAGAAUUGGGUGGAACUGAAGGCGAGAAGAAGAGACGCUCCUAAAACAGAGCACAAAGAGGAACCAGUUGACAAUUCAAUCAAGAAGCACAAAGAAAAACCACCUCCUAAAUCUUCUUCCAAGAACAAGAAUCUCGUUUCCUCAGCUGAGUCCGCGCGAUCUCUUCCGAGCUUUUCCAGCCUCAGAAAGGAAAACUUGAAGCCAACUGCGAGGCCCGACAUUAAGGCUGCUAAUCACUACACUCCUUCGCGAACUGGCAGGAUUCCUGCAAGAAGCAAGAGCACUGCUAAUCUCGGCGAAUUGAAGAAUCUCGCAUCCUCCAAGGUUUCCAAGGAUCAAAAGCGAAAAACUUUUGCUCGAGGAAUGGAGCGUUGCAAGUCGAGUGCAGUCCUCGAGGAGGCUACGAUCCAGAAUUCCAUAGAAGUCGAAGAACUCCGGGGACGAGCCGCCGCAGAAGAGACAUCCAUUUUCCACAUCGAGUUGGACGGAGAAGAACCGAGGCCGAGCCAAGAGUCAGAGAUUUGUGACGAUAACUUGGAAAAGCAUGAGAUCUCAAAGGGCGAAGCGGAAGCCGGCGAUGGACUGGUCGACGUUUCCAAGUCGAAUUCUGCUUUGGACAGCGAGAAGGAGCCACCGGAAGAGAAACGAGCAGAGGAGGCUGCUGCUGCUGCUGCUGAUGGUGAUGCUUCAAGGGCGAGGAAGAAGUGGGCGAUCGCUGAAAAACCAAGCAUAGCUACAAGUAAUUCCUCCGAUAAUCUGCUGAAGGACGUCGCGAAACAGUUCAAGAAGCUAAUAAAGAUAGGGAGGAAAGACAGAAUCGCGAGUAACGUAGCAUCUGCUUCAUCAGAUUCUGGCGUCGCCGGCGGCCUGAAAGAGGACAAGAUCUUCCCUAGACAAGAUCAAUCACUGAGCUUUUCCUUUUCUGCUUCCCCUGCAAAUAUAAAGUUAAUGGAGGAUGAUCAAUCGGAAAGAUUUCCGAAAUCGCCAUGUUUUGUGUUUCCGUUCCUGCCACUCCAUGGAAGAAAUGAAGCAAGGUUCAAUGGCAAACCGAGAGUUCCAGCCAGUAGGGUUCUGUAAGGUUUUGGUGACCAAAUUUGUGAUGGUAUGGGUUCAUAUAGUUAUAAGAUGCAUAAGGGCAUGGAAGUUUUCUUGUGUUUCCAUUUU